AUGUUAAAUCAGUUGAAGAGUUGUUUAAAUCCGAAACCAAAAGUAAAUGACAAUUUAUGUAUAAACGAUAUUUUUAAACCAAUUUAUUCUGUGAUAACUUUCUUAGGACUGUUUCCGUAUAGUGUUAAAUUUCAACAAAAUAAAACAAUAUAUAGGAUUUUACGUAAAUCAAUAUAUGUUAACACUAUUUAUGGUGUUAGUGUUGUUUUAACAAUAUAUGUGUUUUUAGUAUUGCAUAUUAGAGAAGUGUUUUUAAGUUCUGAUUCAAGUCCUGUUAUAGACGUUUUACUGACUAAAAUAAAUUACGUUAUAGAAAUAAUUAUUGUGAUAAUUUUUAUAAUUGUCACGUACGUGAAUGCGUUUCUAAAUCGUCACAAAUACGUGAAAAUGUUAAAUAUAAUAAUGUCGACUUGGAAUGAUUUAUCAAAACAUUAUAAGAAUGUUGGUGAUCUUAAACGUAUUUAUUAUAAAGUUCAUUUAUUACUUAAAUGUCUAUUUCUUGUGAUUUUAAUACAAUGCUGUCUUAACUUCUUAAAAGGAGAAAGUUUAUGGAGGAUGAUUUUGAUGUACAUAUCUUUUAACUCAGCACAGACUUUACAAUUCAUUAUGAUUCUUUUUUAUUACGUAACAAUAAUGAUGUUGAUCAUUUUGCUCUCAAAUCUUGAGAAGCAAAUCACACAAUUGCACAAUAAAACAAAUGAAGAUAAGUGUUUUGUUCAAAUGAAAGCGCAAACCCUUACAGUAAAGCAAAUAGAACUGUUAUAUAACAAAGCUUUUGAUGCUAAAUCUGAAAUUAAUAAAAUCUUUCAAUAUCCCUUAUUAGUAUGUAUUUUUCAUUGCUUCUAUGGAAUUGUUAAUGAAGCAUUAAUUAUGUAUCAAGGAUUAGUCGUUAAAAAAUGUACAACUGUUUAUGAAAUAUUUAAUUGUUCUUUUUGGAUUAGUUUUCAUUUACUAAAGAUAUUCCUUUUGGCAUCAUCAGGCCAUGCUUUGAAGAUGAAGGUAAGUGUUCGAAAAAUUGGACACGCUCUGCUCGACAUUCCGACUGCGGGACAUGAUGGCCGUCGGUAUAUGGAGGUGCAACAUUUUACUUCAGUAAUUACUUGCAAAAACAUAGUAAUAGUAUUGUUUGAUUGUAUUUCAUUGGAUGCAACACUAAUGUAUAAUACGCUUUCUUCGGCAUCUUUAUAUCUUAUUAUAUUAGUCCAAAUUGAUAGAAAGAAUGAUGACUGA